AUGUGUCCGCAGCACGAGGAGGUCCCGGUAUGGGCACUCGAGAUGGACCGCGAGAUGUCGCAGCAGCGUAUGCAGACGCUGCAGUUGCCCGUUGCAGAGAAGCACAAGGCGCACGCCGCGUGCAGCGACCUCAGCACCACGGCGAGCUCUGGCACACGAGGAGAUCUCUCGUCUUCGUUCUCGUUCGCAGGCUGUAGCAGUGUCCUGGACGAGGAUCGAGUGGAGAGAAAACAUCGGUUGCAGGAGUUCGUGAUAGAACUUGGGCAAGCGGAACCCUGCCAAUGGAAGAGGGAGUGCGAGAUGGGGGUCAUGAGCUGCAGUUCCUCGAUCUGCUCCUUUCACCCAUGCAACUCCGCUUUUCGGCGUGGAGUCAGCAGCGGCGAUGAUUUGAUCGACCUCGCCAUGGCCGAAUUCCGGUCUACCACUGCAAGCGAGGAUGACAUCGCAGACCUGCGAGGACUCGAUAGCGACGACGAGGACGAAUACUGA